AUGCCUAAAUACGCAAAACGAGUUCAAAAAACUAGAAAUACUUUUGCUAGUAUUAUCGCUGAUAUUGCUCUGUGUGUAACAGCUACUACUGCUCCACAUAUAACAGCUGCUACUGCUAGCUAUGAAUCAAGAACUACAGAAAUUACUAAAGUUUCUGUAGCUGGAAAAAGUAUUAGACAUGAAGAUGAUA